GAGACUUCAUUCAUCAUCAUGUUUUGUCUUUUUCAGUACCCGAGUUAUUUAACUAGCAGAAAUUGGAGCUUUUUUAGUUAUGUUUCGUGGGAAUUGUUGGCCCUUGGGUGCAAGAUUGCAGAAAAUGAUUUUUUCAAGCAAGAUUGGAGGACAAGAGGGAAGAUCCAGAUCUUCCAGUACAUUUUUAUGAAGUGGUUGUUGUGCUUUUUGAUUGGUGGGAUUGUUGGUGUUAUUGGGUUCUGCAUCAACCUUGCUGUUGAGAACCUUGCAGGAAUUAAGUUCGUGAUCACUUCAGAUGUGAUGUUGGAACGCAGGUUUGGAAUGGCCUUUCUUGUUUUUUCUCUUACCAAUUUCGGGCUCACUUUUUUUGCGGCCCUUAUCACAGCAUUGGUGUCACCAGCUGCUGCUGGUUCGGGUAUUCCAGAAGUUAAGGCUUACCUCAAUGGUGUGGAUGCACUAGGAAUUUUUACAUUGAGAACGUUAUUUGUGAAGAUUAGUGGAAGCAUUUCUGCAGUGUCAUCAUCUCUUCUUGUUGGCAAGGCUGGACCCUUGGUCCACACUGGUGCUUGUAUUGCAUCACUAUUGGGUCAAGGUGGGUCAAAGAAAUAUGGUUUAAUUUGGAAGUGGCUUCGGUAUUUCAAGAACGAUCGAGAUCGGCGAGACCUUGUAACAUGGGGAUCAGCUACUGGAAUUGCUGCCGCAUUUCGUGCCCCGGUUGGUGGUUUGCUGUUUGCCCUUGAAGAGAUGGCAUCUUGGUAUGAUGAAGUGUCGUAAUACCCUGCUGUCUUCUGAUGCCUCAACUUGUCUAUUUAGCAAGUAGAAUCCUUGUGAUGCAUAAUCUCAUUGUUAUCACAAGUCCUGGAUAUCUGACUUGUUAGCAGGUCAUAUUUACCUUAGUUCUGAAAAGCUGAAAAAAAAAAUUGCUGGUCAAGUACAGAAAUCUGAUGUUCUGAUAUUAAUUGUUUAUGUGAAUUCCUAUUUUAACUUAUUCUGAUUACCAGAA